UCAGUGGCGCGUCAACUGCUGCAGGAGUCGCACGCCUUCCCGCGCCUGCUGCACGCCUUCCCGCGCCUGCUGCACGCCUUCAUAGUUACCUUGCCCUGUCACCUGUACCGUCUUGAUUCAUGAUGGCUGACGUCCGCCAAGCUCUUCGUCGAGAAGUUAAGGAUGAGAUCCACGUAAUAAAUUCUUACUUGGAAGACUUGCAGAAUCGCAAAGCAGAAUUAGCUGGUGCUGUAAAAGGAGUGACCACCGUUAUUGAAAGCCUUCGUUUAGCAGUUAUUGAAUUAAAAGGAAAGACUUCAGCUUCAAGCCAAAAAUGUGAGCGGCCAUCACGUCAAGAAGCCCACCAGAAGAGAGAAGAGAUUGCUGUGCAAACCAUCAUUGACAAAGAUAAAGUAGAGGACGAUAUCACACAGAAGAAAGAGCAAGAAAACACAAAUGAGAAAGAAGAAAGAGUGACAAAUGUUGAGGAGACAGGGAAGGAAGUGGACGAGGUGAAGGAGAAAGAAGAAAGAGUGACAAAUGUUGAGAAGACAGGGAAGGAAGUGGACGAGGUGAAGGAGAAAGAAGACAGAGUGACAAAGGUUGAGGAGACAGGGAAGGAAGUGGACGAGGUGAUGGAGAAAGAAGAAAGAGUGACAAAGGUUGAGGAGACAGGGAAGGAAGUGGACGAGGUGAAGGAGAAAGAAGACAGAGUGACAAAGGUUGAAGAAACAGGGAAGGAAGUGGACGAGGUGAAGGAGAAAGAAGAGCCACAACAGGUGGACGUUGAGCAGUCAGAGGCGGCAGUGACAGAAGAUGAAGAGGAUAAGGCAGAAAUCUCAUUAAGCGACUCUGAUGAAAAAUAUCUGAAGAAAAUGUUCGAAGAUAUUGAAAAGUUUUCAAUCAAUGAAAACUUUGAACCGACAUGUUUCCUGCUCAACAUUUUUGACACAGAUAAAGUAAAAGACGAUAUCACACAGAAGAAAGAGCAUGAAAACACAAAUAAGAAAGAAGAAAGAGUGACAAAGGUUGAGGAGACAGGGAAGGAAGUGGACGAGGUGAAGGAGAAAGAAGAAAGAGUGGCAAAGGUUGAGGAGACAGGGAAGGAAGUGGACGAGGUGAAGGAGAAAGAAGAAAGAGUGGCAAAGGUUGAGGAGACAGGGAAGGAAGUGGACGAGGUGAAGGAGAAAGAAGACAGAGUGACAAAAGUUGAGGAGACAGGGAAGGAAGUGGACGAGGUGAAGGAGAAAGAAGGCAGAGUGACAAAUGUUGAGACAGGGAAGGAAGUGGACGAGGUGAAGGAGAAAGAAGAAAGAGUGGCAAAGGUUGAGGAGACAGGGAAGGAAGUGGACGAGGUGAAGGAGAAAGAAGAACCACAACAGGAGGACGUUGAGCAGUCAGAGGCGGCAGUGACAGAAGAUGAAGAGGAUAGGUCGAGCGACUCCAGUGAACUAUCUCUGGAUACAACGUUGGAAGAUCUGGAAAAGAUGGAGGAGGAUUUAUCAGUGAUUGAGAAUUGUGAAACCGCAGGUUUCCUGCUCGACAUUUUGUAUGGUAUUCGCCAGAAAGUAGAAGAUAUAUGUGUCGAGGUUCUUGCACUGAAGGGACAUAGGGAGAACUUAAUGAAUGAGAAGACCUUUCUGGAAGAGUCUAGUAAGAAGCUGGUCUCUGAGCGCUCAAAACUCCCUUAGUCACAAAUAUCGUUUUGAGAUGAAGAUGAACAAUAUGCCUAUUCUUUAUUUGUUUUGGAUGCGGAAUAUAAUUUCCAUUUGCAAUGCUAUUUAGAUUCAUUUAUGAUAGUGCCUUAGUUCUCAAUGUUAAAUCAAAGGGGUAAGCACUUAUAGACAGGAAGGAGACCUUAUAAGGAAUAUAGAGCUCCUCUAGAAAAUCAGUUGAUGGUGAAAAGUUUUCUAUAUUUAGUAAAUAUUUACUAAAGUAGUUGCUUAUGAGGAAAAUCAAGCCUUCUCCAGCUAACAACCGGCCAAGGCCAAAGGAUUAAUUUUUCGGGCAGAGUUGUGUAUAUGGAUGUCGCCUUGUAGCUGAAUUUUGUUUUCAAAACAUUAUUAAACUGCAUUUAAUUUAAAUUGUAUUAAGUUAUAUAGGGUACCGUAUCUUAUUUUAAUGAGUAAUAUGCUAGUACUAAUUGGCUGAUUUUUGUUAUAUGAAUGUAAUAGAAAAAAUCUUUAAGUUGUAUAUUACAUCAUACAUAUAUUGUUCGUGCAGUAAAGUGUUGUGCCAAAG